UUCAGCUUGAUAUCAGGAAUUCCCCACUGGAGUAACUGUCAGCAGUUCAGUCAGCAGGCUGGGAAAAUCGCUUUUUUGUCCAAGAGGUUCUGAAACAAAAUUGUGUUUGUGAAUGCUGUCUCUCAACUGACACUCCUACACUUUUUCUGUGAGUGAAAAGCACUGCCUGAUCGAUCUGUGUCCCUCCUUGCAGUUCACGGGCAUGCGGGACGCCUCAUUUUUGGGACCCUGAACGGCAAGCCAUGCGUCUGCAUGCAGGGCAGGUUCCACCUGUACGAAGGAUACCCCAUCUGGAAGGUCACCUUCCCCAUCCGCAUCUUCAAGCUCCUCGGGGUGCAGACGGUCAUCCUCACCAACGCGGCCGGGGGCCUGAACCAGGACUACAAGGUGGGCGACGUCAUGCUCAUCAAGGACCACCUCAACCUCCCGGGGUUCGCCGGCAACAACCCCUUAGUGGGACCCAACGAGGAGAGGUUCGGGGUGCGUUUCCCCUGCAUGUCGGACGCCUAUGACCGGGACCUCCUGAAGGCGGCGCAGGUUGUGGGCGCGGAGCUCGGCUACUCCGACUUCAUGAAAGAGGGGGUGUACUGCGUGCUGGGGGGCCCCUCCUUCGAGACCAUCGCCGAGUGCCGCAUGCUGAACCGCCUCGGGGCCGAUGCCGUUGGCAUGAGCACUGUGCACGAGGUGAUCGUGGCGCGGCACUGCGGCCUGCGCGUCUUGGGGCUCUCGCUCAUCACCAACAAGGCGGUGAUGGACUACGAGAGCGAGGAGCGGGCCAACCACGAGGAGGUGCUGCAGACCGGCAAGCAGAGGGCGGAGCAGCUGGAGAAGCUGGUGUCCACGCUGGUGGCGCGCGUCGAGCUCAACAACAACUACUGAUGAGCCGGGAUCGGGGAGGAGUGGGGCAGCGCGGAGACCCCAAAACCUCUAUUCCAUAGCAUCGCCAGUCUUCCCUCCCCCUGCACCCCACUUCAUCCUUCAGUGGUUUUGGCGAUCUGUUGUGGCAGAGCCAAUUAAGCGAUUAAGAUGCCAAUAAUGAAUUGCUGUGCUGAUUGCAUUGAAAUCCUGGCCACCCAACAGACUGUCAGCAACCACAAGCCUCUCACUGCUUUCUGCCACCAGCUUCUCAAAACAGGCUGGUCAGCAAUCGAUGAUCCAUUGCUAUGACCUGCCUGUGAACAUAGAUAUCCUUAAUACCUGCAACUGGUUGAACACACAGGCUUGAAAAGAAACAGGCUUGGUUUUACGUAGGGACUGUGUUACUGUAUUAUAGUUGGACUGUACAUUCCUGAAGAAAAGAAAUUAAUACUGAGAUUAAGCGUAGAGAAUAGGCUAGACAGGCUGAAGGGUCUGCUCUUGAUUGUUUAUAUUCAGAACUUUCUAAAAAAAGAAACAAAAUGUGCAUUUUUUAAUUACCUGAAGGGGAAAAGGUUUGUACCUGUCCAACACGUUGCUGUAAGUAUAGUGAAAAAACCGCGCUAAAAUCUCUGUGGACUCUCUGACAAAGGCAGAUGGGGGUGGGGGGGGAUGGUGACAUCACAUUGUGACAUCACAAUGGUGUUCAAAGGUCAGGAAAAUUGCCAUUAUCAUAAUAAAGAAAAACAGAACAGGGCUAAAGUUAAUGCUGCUAUGGAAAAAAAAAACUUUCUUUUAAAAAUCAUACACAUACUGUAAUUUCCUUAUGUGAAUGCACCAAUUCCUUCAUGUCAGUCAAAAGUAGUAUUCAUAAAUCUUGCCUUGAGACCAAUUUAUUCAUACACAUUACAGCAUAGUACUUUGCUUUAUAGUACUAGCUUGAUAAAUUGUCUAUCUUGAGUAACUAAGGAAAAUUACCUUUCGUGUUUAGGGGCUCAGCUGAGAUUUUGCGUGGUUUUUGUGCACUUGUGUAUCUAAAUUAUUGUUGAUGGACUAAUAACUUAUAUAUUUAACUGGUAUAUAUAUUGUAUUUUGUUCUGUAUGAAGGGUAGGCCUUUCUAUUUUGUAUUGUUUAUUUAUCUAGUGGUGACUUUAGGCACUUUUCUCUCAUUUGAAAUGGGUCACUUAAGAAACUGCCAAAGAUUAAGUGGAAUGUCAUACACUUGGGGGACUUUGCUAUUAAUAUUUGCCUUGAAAGCUUCAGCUAUCAGGCUGAACUGAAGGUUGUUUGGUACUGUCAAAAUGUGCAUUUUUAUUUCUGAUGUCCAUUGCACAAAACCAUUGUGCAGAAACGGGGUCCAAUAUGUCUGUUUUAAAAAUGAGCUGUGUAUUUCAGAGCUGCCACCUGUGUUAAAAGAAUCACGAGCUUGCAUUCCACAGAAUCGAGACACAGAUGCUUCAAGCUUUAAAACAUGCAAUUUGCCAGUGAGCACUGAUUACAGAUUGCUGGCUUGCCGGUCCUAAUUAAGUAUGAGGAAUGGCUCCAGACAGUCAGCUGAUUCUUAAAUUGAAGCUUGCACAAGAGAAGCAGCCUUGUGCUGAUUUAAGACAUGGUCAGUACAAAAAAUGUUCGACUUUCCCUGGGCUCACUCGCCUGACCUCAACGAGUUGCAAUUACUUGAUGAAGUGUACCUUUUUCCAGGAAAGCAAACCCAGUGAUUUUUCAGUCUUAACAUUUGAGAUUUAUGCUUCCUGUUAAAGAGGCAUAUUGCAUAUCCUUUUCUUAUUUAUGUGAUACCUUUAAAAUCUUUCUGAUAUGAAGGCUGUUACACAGGUUUUCUUGUUUUUCUCCGAGUCUUGUCUGUUUUAGAAGACUAAUAAAACCCAUUGGACAGAA